AUCAUAUCAUCUGGAAUAGACAUUUAGGACAUGCCAUUCUGAAUUUCGUAAACAAAAAUCAGAUAUUCAAGUUUCUGAUGUUUUGAGUUUUAUCGUAAUUUUCGAAAAUCCCUGUGCGGUUCCCAAUCAGCCAGUGAGUUUCUAUUUAAAAUUAAAAAAAAUGGAGCUGUCUCAUAGUUUAACUUUAAAUGAAGAAGCAUUUGCCCAAAUUCCGGACGCAAAUAAACCAGUAUUUAUAUUCGAGUGGCUCAGAUACUUGGACAAAGUGCUAGUUGCAGCCCAGAAGAAUGACCUAAAGGGGUGCCAAAAGCAACUAGUGCAACAGUUAAUGAACCACAUCCAAGAAUCUCCCGGCCCUCCGACUCGCCAAUUAAUUGCCAGAUGCCUUGCUACGCUGUUUUCAGUUGGAGAUGCUUUUCUCCUUUUUGAUACUGUGAAUCAGUGCAAUGACAUCCUUAAGAAUAAAGAUGAUAGUCCCAGUUUUCUACCCACAAGACUGGCUGCAAUAUGUUGUGUUGGUACAAUGUAUGAAAAACUGGGGAGAAUGAUGGGAAGGUCCUACGAAGAAACCGUGCAGAUUUUAAUCAGGUCAUUGAGGAGUGCCGAAUCGCAGACCAGAAUAGAAAUUAUGAUGACAUUGGAAAAAGUUUCAUCAGGUAUGGGUAGUGCAGCUAUGAAUGUUCACAAAGAUAUAUACAAAGCAGCAAGAGUCUGUCUCAUAGACCGCAAUAUGGCAGUAAGAUGUGCGGCCUCAAAAUGUCUUUUGGAGCUGGUAAAACAUACUCCAUUCCUUCAUGGAUCAGAACUUGAGAGCCUGGCAACACUUUGUUUUCGAGCUUUUGAUGGUUCCAAUUAUGAAGUAAGAUGUGCAGUCGCUAGAUUACUCGGUACCUUGGUUGCGACCACGCAGCAAGGACAAAAAGAUGGUGCAGGAAAAAAUGUUUCAUCAACUAAUAAAAAUAUGAAAGUGUUUUCAUUAGAUGAAGCAAUGGGUAUUUUGAUGUCGGGAUUUUUAAGAGGUGGUGUCGGUUUUCUUAAGGGAACAGGCGAAAUUAUUAAAGGCAGUUCCGGCGUAAACAGAGAAGUGAGAGUAGGCGUUACACAUGCCUAUGUUACAUUUGUGAACAUUUUGGGAAGCUCCUGGCUGGAGAAAAAUAUGAAGGCAUUUCUUUCGCACAUUCUGUACUUGGUGGCCAAUCCAAAAGCGGCCUCGUCGCAUGUGGAUGCAGUUUAUUCUCGAAAGUGCAUCAACUUUAUUCUCCGAGGCAUAUUUGGAAAAAUGUUCGGUGAAAAGGCACAAAUCACUGCUUGCAAGCAGAUAGCCCAAAUCAUCGCCAAAGAAAUGAACAGUAUUGAUUUUAAUCCCGAAAACGCCAAGGAAUUUAAUCAAGAGACCUUAUUUAGCCAACAUCUCCUAGUGUGCGCCUUGCAGGAAAUCGGGAGCCUUAUUCUUAGUCUAGGAACCACUGCUCAUGACUUAAUUACAGAUCAAUCUUUAAAUGUAAUCGAUGUUACCAUGAGUGUCUUGAUUCAUCCCUGCCAGGCCGCUCGUUUGGCGGCCGCCUGGUGCCUUCGAUGUAUUUGCGUAGCCGUGCCAAGCCAGAUUUCCCUUCUCAUAGAUCGGUGCGUAGCUGGCCUUGAACAAUAUCGAACAUCACCUGAAGCCAUAUCGGGUUAUAGUUCAGCACUUGCAGCAAUAUUAGGCGGUGUAAAAUUAUCCCCUUUGGGUGUUCCGCAUACCAAAGGUAAAAUUAUAUUUAACACUGCCGAGGAAUUGUUACGCAGUGCCAGUCAGAACAGCCGUCUCUCGCUUGCCAGAACAAGCGCAGGUUGGCUUUUGGUAGGAGCUGUAGCAGCGUUAGGGCCUGCUGCAUCUCGUCCUUUGCUUCCCCGAAUGCUGUUGUUAUGGCGAAAUGCAUUUCCGCGGUCUGCCAAAGAAUUGGAAUCCGAGAAGGCACGCGGAGAUGUUUUUACCUGGCAAGUAGCCUUAGAAGGACGCGCUGGGGCACUAGCUGCAAUGCACAGUCUUCUCCUACAUUGUCCGUCUUUGGUUAUUGGGGAGGAUGUUGGAAGGCGACUUUUGCAACCUGUUGAAGCUGCUCUAGCUAUGUUAACUAGUAUUGCUGGAGUACUGAAAACAUAUGGACAGCAAUUGAAAGCGCCUGCAGCAAUGGUUCGAUUGCGGCUGUGUGAAACUCUAUUAUUACUCUCUCCACAUUCGUAUGAAAAUUCAUACACACAUCUUUUAAGAAUGCUUGUGGCCGAGUUUACUCUAACAGAGAAUCCUGCCAAUACUACAACUUCACAGUUGAAGGCUGUUUGUCAUGCUGAUGAUGCGAUUCUUUUGGGUACCUGGUUGCAGGAAACUGAUCACGGAACGAUUGAGGAUCAGAUGGAACCUAAUCGCAAGGGUGAUAGUGAUCAUCUUCAGACUCAUAGUGCGGCAGGAUCUGGUGCUCUUGAACACGACCCUUGCUGUCUGUUCCGAGCAAGUUCGGGAGAAGAUCCUCCCGGUCCUCUUCCAUUAGGGGUUGCAGUAAUUGACGCCGCGGUACAGCUUUUCGGGCAACUGUUUCCUCGCGUUACUGAACGCCAUCGCACCCAAACAUUGGAUCAUUUUGCAGAAUGCGUUCGUGCGGCCCGAAGUUCACGUCAAGAAGCCGUCCAACUAAAUAUGUUCGCUGCUUUGCUUUGUGGAUUACGCAGUUUAGCAGCCGCAAAAGCAUCAUUGACUGUGGUUGAAGCGAAACGAGCGUCCGUCUUAGCUUCUGGAGCAUUGGCUGGUCCAGGAGCUCCAGCAUUACUGCGUGCUGCUGCUGCUGAAACAUUGGGUCGACUUGCUAGAUCUCUAGCAGACCCUCGGUUUACUGCUCAACUUAUCCAAACAAGUAUUGACUGUUUAAAAACUGCCCGUGACGCUGCUUCCCGUACAGGCCACUCAUUGGCCCUCGGAGCAUUACAUAGACAUGUUGGUGGAUUAGGAGCUGCGAGAUUAAUGCAAACUAGCGUAUCCAUAUUAGUUGCUCUUGCUCAAGAUCGAGCAUCUGCCGCUGUCCAAGCAUGGGCUUUGCAUGCAUUACGACUCUGCGCAGAUGCUGGAGGACCUAUGUUUAGAGGAUUUGUAGAGCCUGCUUUAGCAGCUGCUCUACGCUUACUUCUGGAAACACCGCCGUCCUCUGUGGAUGUCUAUCGCUGUGUUGGAAAACUGUUAUCAUCCCUAAUCACGACAAUAGGGCCAGAACUUCAGGGUAACACCUCGACGAUUUGUAUGGCUCGAUCUUCAUUUCUGUGCGCGUGUGCAGCUCUACAGGGACAUCCAGAGCCUGUGGUUCAAGCUGAAGCUACAGCUUGCCUUCAGCAAUUGCAUCUGUUUGCUCCAAAGCAUGUGAAUCUAUCAUCCCUGGUGCCUACAUUAUGCAGAGCCUUAUCCAGCGAUCAUCUGUUAUUGAGAAAGGCUGCAAUAUCAUGUCUUAGGCAGCUAGCCCAGCGGGAAGCCAAAGAAGUGUGUGAUCUAGCAUCAGCUUUAGCUAGUGAAGGACCCACUGUGGAGGGUUUAAUAAUUACUGAAACUGGUCUACCCGGUGUAUUCUUUGGUUUACUAGACACUGAAACUGAUCCUGGUCUAAUCAAAGAUAUCCAUGACACGAUAAUAAGCAUGCUGCAAGUUCUAGCAACUGGUCAGCUGUCACAGUGGCUCGGAUUAUGCAAGGAUGUUCUUACUGUAGCUUCAGAACCAGGAGAGGAUCGUAAUGGUUUGGAUGUGCCCGAAGAUGACGACCAAGAACAGUUCCAUGCUGAAGAGGAAAAUCAACGUGCUGUUCAGCCACGAUGGCCUACUCGUGUGUUUGCAGCAGAAUGUGUCCGACGUGUACUAGCAGCAUGUUCAUCUAAACGAUUAAGUUUCCAGUUGCCAGAUUUGAUUCGCAUGGCCUUUGUCGCAGCUACAAGUGACUCAGAUCCGCUAAGAUUAGAAGGAUUGAAAAUGCUACGUGAAAUAAUUGACAAAUUUGCUAUUGAACCCGAACCCGAAUUUCCUGGACAUUUGCUCUUAGAGCAAUUCCAAGCGCAAGUCAGUGCAGCGUUGAGGCCUGCAUUUGCAGCCGAUACAGCUCCACAUGUUACAGCUGCUGCAUGUGAAGCAUGUUCCGCUUGGAUCGGCGCUAGAGUUGCGCGAGACGCCGCAGAUUUGCGACGAGUCCAUCAAUUAAUGGUGUCGUCGCUAACAAAAUUAGGAAAACCUUCAGCUGUACAAACAUUGCUUUACAAUGAAGCGAUGUUAACAUUAGAGCGACUUGCCAUUUUGCGAGCAUGGGCUGAAGUCUAUGGGGUAGCUGCUGGUGCUCGAGGCCCUCCUGAUUCGGGUCUUCUUGAACUUGUUCAACCGCAACUUGCCACUCUGGCCCGUCACUGGUUAAAUGCCUUACGGGACCGGGCGUUGUUAGCCCUGCCACCUGAAUUCGGUGGACAGUUGCCACAUGAUGGGGGCGCCUUCUAUACUGCCGAGACCGCCGAAGCUGCAAGGCCGCACUACGCUGCAUCGUGGCCCCCACUUUUACUAGCAGCAGCUUUAUGGUUAUCGCAGCCCGAGAAUAUUACCGUUUCUACAGAAGUAGAAUCAAAUAAUAAUCCACCGCCUAACGAUCACUUCAGAUUGCUUUUCGGUACUUGCAUUGAAGCGCUUUGUGGGCCCAGAGGAACUGAAUCUCCCGAAAUCGUCGACACAUGUUUAAGAGCUUUAAGAGGCAUUUUGGAUGUCUCAAAGGCCAGAGAGCUACUACUCGAGGAUUCCGAACUUAUCGUAGAGCUAUGCAAUGUUUUACAUCGACUUGUUCUCACAUUGGACUCUCCCGAUUGUCAACUAUUAUGCAUGGAAGUAUUACAGCAAGUACUGAGAGUUGCAACGGAUCAACUAAAUGAUAUUCGAAAUAGGCAACCAGAAAAUGGCGAAACCAGAGAUUUCCAGGAACGCGAUGCCAUGGGGGAGGGUGGUCGAGAUGGACAUUUGGAUCCUGAUAAAUCAUUAGUGUUUGCAGCUCUAGAAAUUUGUCUAUGCUUGAUUGUAAGGCAGCUUCCAGCUUUGAGUCCUACGCCCCAUCCCGCAAUGACUGGUGCUCCUCGUAUAGCAGAUACUCGUCUUCUGGGCGCUGCAUUUGGAGCAUUGGAAGCUUUGCCCGGCUUAUGUUCAAUGCACGGGUCAAUAUCAAUAUUACCAACUCUGCUGUAUCUCAGUACUGGCGUAUUGAAACAAGCUCCAUCGGCUGCCCCAGGCGCUCUACAAUUGUUACGAGCAUUAGCCUCAGAUGAUCGGGCCAAAGAUACCGAAUGGAAGCAUCUACUUCAAAGUGCGCUAUCUAAAGUUAUUGACCUUGCCAAAACACCUGGACCGGACGAAGCUGCCCCUCUAUUGGCUAUAGCUGUUUUUGUACUACACGCUCCUUCGGAAGUUGCAGCUGCCCCAAAUCUGCAAUAUCCAUGCAUCAAUCAUUUCAGGCAAUGUUUACAAAGUAACGAUUAUUCCACCAAAUUGAAAUGCAUCAAAACUUUGAAGUCACUAUUUGCUCAUCCAGAUAAAAGUGUUGCAACACCUUACAUACAUUCAUUAGCCCCGCAGUUGGUAGAGUUUUUAUAUUCGGAUCAGGCAAAGCAAAUAACAUCAAAUGAAGAGUUUUGCAUGACAUUCGAGACCAUAAAUGCGGUUGAAAGUCUAAUAGCGCUAGCUGAACCCCAUAAUCGUAUUCAGAUGCUUUCUCUUCUUGUGCCAAUUCUUGUUAGUUAUUUGUUAUCGAAUCCACGUGAUAAAUCAUUGAACAAGUAUUCAGUAUCCCUGCAUGAAGUAAGCUUAGAAAAGCUGAUGAAAAUAGGUCCUACGUAUCCACAGGAGUUCAAAACACUGAUGGGCACUUCAACGAAUCUGAGAACAAAACUGGAAAGUGCAAUUAGGGCGAAUCAGCAAAACAACAUCAAAGCUAAGCAUGAAAUAAAUAUUAAUCAGCCAAUGUCUAUCCAUAUGCCAACUAUAAAAUUGAAAACUGAUUUUAGCAACUUUUCAUAAAUUUCUAUGACUCAAAUUUUUUUUCUAGUGUAACCAUUUUUAUACUAACCUUUUAACCUUUUUUUUAUUAAGAACUAUUAAUUUUGUUUGAGAUGAUAAUUGAUUUGAAAUUGAUUACAUUGAUAGGAACUUUUUUAUUUAAAACGCGUGUUAAUUUUAUAUACAAAUGUAUGUCUAUUAAUAUUUAAUUGAAAAACGAAUAUACGUAGGAAACUUAUUGUAGUCAAACGAGUAAAAUAAUUAAGGGAAAGUAGGUAUUGCACUGUUAGCAUAAGAAUCAAUUUGAUAAAUUGCAAUGUGCAAUGUGUACACCUCAGUUAAUGAUAAAUAUUUCUAGAAUCUAACAAAAGUAAAAAUUGACUUUCAACAUGUAUAUCAAGCUGGUACGAAGCAAUUGCUAGUAACUCGGCGGGAGAAUCGAUUCGAGAUUUAAUUACUGAAAAAAUACUUUUUUGCAAUCAUCAGUAAUAUUCAAAAAAUUCUAAAUUAAUAAUGACGACUGAUUUGGAGAAACCUGAUAAAUAAUAGCAAAUAGCCCAAGAAAGUCACUGUUUCUUAUUAAAGAACAAGACUUGGUAUUUUUCUGGAAAGUUUAGGCUUCAGUAACUCUUAAUAAAUGUGGCAAAGUAGGAAAUUAGUAAAUAUAUAGGUAUGACGAGUCCAUUAGUUUUCAAGAUUUGUACUAGAUCGGUCUAAAAAGCGAUAUCGUAAAAUAUUUUAAAGAUUUUCAACAUAUCAUACUCGAAUAGAUUUCAUAAGUUUUUAAUCCAAAAAUCCUAGAAUUCAUUAACUAUGGAAAUUGAUAACAAAUUUUAUUGAAUACAUUGAAUGAAACUAACGAAAUAAUUUGCGAAUUCACAUACUAACAGUUUAUAUUAAUUACUGGCUCAAUUAUUGAUAUUAUUCUAUGUAGAUCGAAUGAGGCCGUGUUUUUGAAUGUCGGUAUGAAUUGUAAGUGCAUUUUCCUUUCAAAUUAUAUCAGCGAAUGUAAUUCAAAUCGCGCUAGUGUUCAUCCCUUAUUUCAUGCUCCAUAUGGAGCUUAACUUUUCUUUAUAAAUAACGUGUAAUACUCCUCUCUCGGAUGUGUCAAGCGGUAUCCGUGAAAUAAUAGACAUUGCAAUAAUAAUGUAUGUUCCAGACUGACAAAUUUAUUAUUACAUGCUUGUGCAAAUUAUCCUGUAAUCCCAAGAAAUAGAAUUUUUGUGAUAUUGUUUUAAGAAUCUGAAUUUGUGAAUAUUAAAAGGUUCAUAGAAUAUAUAAAUGAUGCUUUAAUCUA